GCCUUCGAAUUCGUGACGACCUGGCAGAUGGACCACGAAGCGGCCAUCCAUCUUGACUCGGAUGAAAUUCAGAAACAUGUUCGUGCAGAUUUCCGGCCAGAGGAGAUGCUGGGCCGGUGCUACACGUUUACAAAUCUCUGAAGGGGGGGGAGGGAGGUUGCGUUUCAUUCAGUUCUGCGCUUUCGCUCCCAAACCGAGAGAGGCAGGAGCUACCGGGACAACAGGAGGAGCUGUGUGGAGCCACGGGGAGAGUGCUUAUCCGAGGACUGAUAGAGCCACAUAACGGUCCUAAUUCACCUAGACCUAGCUAACACCUUUUUAACUAAAGAAAGAGAAAAUGAGUUACGGGUUGCAGUCAAUGUUUUUUCUAGCGCUUUUGAUUGCUUUCGCCGCUUGCAACGCGCCGCCCGUUCCCUUGGACGACGUCGUGAUCGAGAAAACUUUCGUGCCGGACGAGUGCGUUCGGGCUGUUAAACCGGGGGACUUCGUGAGGUAUCACUACCACGGCACUUUCCCCGACAACAAGAAGUUUGAUUCCAGCUACGACAGGGGCUCGACCUAUAACGUGUAUGUGGGGAAGAAGCAGCUCAUCGAGGGGAUGGACAAGGGCCUGGUCGGAGCGUGUGUGAACGAGAGACGGCUCAUUAAAAUCCCUCCACAGAUGGCCUAUGGGAAGGAAGGCUAUGGUGAUGUCAUCCCUCCUGACUCCAUCCUCCACUUUGACGUGCUGAUGGUGGACAUCUGGAACCCCGAGGACAAAAUCCAGAUCCAGACCUACUACAAGCCCGAGAACUGCAGCCGCACCGUCCAGGUGUCCGACUUCGUGCGAUACCAUUACAAUGGGACUUUACUGGACGGCACCUUGUUUGACUCCAGCCACACCCGUCUGCACACGUACGACACCUACGUUGGAAUUGGUUGGCUGAUCGCUGGCAUGGACCAGGGGCUGCUGGGAAUGUGCGUGGGGGAGAAACGCGUCAUCACGGUGCCGCCCUUCCUCGGUUACGGCGAGAACGGAGACGGCAGUGACAUUCCCGGGCAGGCCUCUCUCGUUUUCGAUGUUGUCCUGCUGGACUUCCACAACCCUAAAGACAGCAUCGCCGUGGAGAAUCAGGUCGUUCCGGAGUCCUGCCCGAGGAAGAGCAAAUCCGGGGACUUCAUGAGAUACCAUUACAACGGCACUCUGCUGGACGGGACCCUCUUCGAUUCCAGCUAUUCCCGGAACCGCACCUACGACACCUACAUCGGGAAGGGCUACGUCAUCGCCGGCAUGGACGAGGGCUUGCUGGGAGUGUGUAUUGGGGAGAGAAGGAGGAUCAUUAUCCCGCCUCACCUGGCCUACGGUGAGGAGGGCACAGGUACCAAGAUUCCUGGUUCAGCUGUGCUGGUCUUUGACGUUCAUAUAAUCGACUUCCACAACCCGUCGGACUCGGUGGAGAUCAAAACCCUCUUCAAACCUGAUGACUGCAAAGUGCAGAGCAAGAAAGGAGACUUCGUCAAGUACCACUACAACGCCUCUCUGAUGGACGGGACCUUCAUCGACUCCACACACAGCUAUGGGAAAACGUACAACGUGGUGCUGGGCUCUGGGCAGGUGGUCCUGGGAAUGGAAAUGGGCCUGGAGGACAUGUGCGUGGGAGAGAAACGGACCCUCGUCAUCCCCCCACACCUGGGCUACGGGGAGAGAGGAGUUGAAGGAGAGGUGCCGGGCAGCGCGGUGCUCGUGUUCGACAUCGAGAUGGUGGAUAUGGAGGAGGGGCUGCCGGAGGGCUACAUGUUUAUCUGGAACAGCGAGGUGUCGGACGAUCUCUUCACCGAGAUGGACAAGAACAAGGAUGGACACGUGGACUCUACUGAGUUCUCGGACUACAUCCACCGCCAGGUGUCGACGGGCAAAGGGAGGCUGGCGCCGGGCUACGACGCGUACAGGAUAAUCGACAACAUGUUCUCCAACCAGGACCGCAACGGCGACGGCAAGAUCACAGCAGAGGAAUUCAAGCUGAAGGACCAGGAGACCAAAGAGCACGACGAGCUGUAGCCGGACGUCAGGCAACAGGCACGGGGGCGAAGGGAAAGCCUGAUGCAGGGUCUCAAGAACAUUUCCCUAUCUUUUUAAAAAAAUCAUUUUUCAGUUUCAGAUAUUUCAGCAGGGAUUCCAAAGUCCGGUUCAGUUUUGCUUUUGGUUGUGCGAUUGGUUUUCUUUGAGGGGUUUGGGGUGGAAUGAUGGGGGGUGGAAUGAUAGGAGUGAACAGCUCUCUGAAUUGAUCACAAAGGUCUUCUACUGAUGUUCGCACAAGGCUUUGUCAAGAUCAAUGGAUUAAGUAGGAAAUACAUCGGGUUUUUUUUUUUUUUUUUCAGGUCAUGCAAGCUCUUGACAAUUUAAAUGGAAAAUAAUUCAAGCAAGCCCACCUGUAGACGUGGUGGUUUUAAAGCAACAAGAAAAUGUUGGCAAAACAAGACUUGUUGCAUUAACGUACGUUAGUCAAAACUUGCAGGAGCGCAUACAAAUAGCAUCGCUGUCAGGUCUAUGUCAGCUUUAUCAUCACUGGCAAACGGGAACUUAAAAGUUCACGCCAGAGAUGGAAAAAGCAGAAUUUGGUUUCCUACGUGCCAAGGUUUCAGAUUCUUCCUCUGGUCUCUUCGCCUGACAUGCUCGUAAGUGCUUCGACUACUGGAAGGGGAGGGUUGAGGAGCUCAGCAGCAGCCAGAUAAGCAGAAGGCCCACUACUGCCACAGUGGUGCCUGACCAGCAUGAUGGAGUGGGCGCAGCCCUGUCACAGUGCUGUUGAAGGCCCAGGCUGUGAGGCAGAAGCAGUGAUGAUGCAGCUCAG